UUAAGGUUUUUUAAAAAAAAACCUGCAGUUUUUAAGCAGAAACUUAAACUGCUGUACAAUGUCAUGGCACAAAGAUCAGACUAAUUUCGAUAUAAAUAAGUUCGCCUUCACCACAGUAAAAUGUCAGUCUCAGAACACCUGUACCUUUACAGAGAUUUUGUUGCUACCGCUUUCAUAGCCAAAAUAACAGAUCAGAUAACCAAACCGACCCCAGCGUUUGAUUGGUCUCAGCAUCAGGGGCUUGCACAGUCUCAUUUUAGUCUGGAGCCUUAAGUAGGUCAGGCCUAGCUUAGCCAGCCUGCAGAUGAUCAGCUGCAGAUGAUCUCUGGAUGAAGUCAAGCUGAAAGGAAUUUCAAUGAACCCUUCCUGAUAGGCGUAGGCCUAAACGAGGCUGGCCUAGUUAAGCUUCAGCUUAUAGUGUGAGCACAGAGUUUGCAGUUCAGAAGUUUGCGGGAUGUGCUCUGUGCAAAAUAUGCUUGGGAAAAAAUCAAACCGUUCCUCAAAUUUCACCAUAUAUGAAAAGAUAGAUUUGCUGAAACUUGUUCGGCCACAUAUCAAAGUCCUGGAGGUUCAUAAAAAUAAUCAGGCUAUCAUAGUGGAGAAAAACCGGUGCUGGGAAUCUAUAGCACAGCAGUACAAUGCCGUUGGUGUGGACCGUCCUCCUCGCAGUGCACAAGCUUUGCGGACACUGUACAAGCGCAUUAAGGAGAGUGCUAAACAAGAGGUAGCCAGGAGAGAGCAGCUUCAUCCAGACUAUAAAGGAAACGUCUCUGAACCAACUAGAAGAAUCCUAGAAAUGAUUCCUCACAUUUUCCAACCGCUGUUGAAGGUGAUGGACAGCGACAGCUUACAACGGCGUGGAGGGAGUUCUGCUUCUGAACAGGAUUCCUGUGUGGAACAGCCUAGUACCCUGUAUUUACAGCCUGGUCCCUCAGGCUAUCAAUCACAUUCUUGUCCUGAUUGGAUAACCCCAGAGUCCGAACCAGAACAUGAAGAGAAACCUCCUCCGAUAUUAAGUGUGGUAUCACCACCAACUGAGAGCUUGGAGCAACAGAACAAAACAGACACUCAGCAGGCGACAAAUGGCUCCGCCUCACCUUCUUCAUCUUGUGACGCUCAAAUGUCCUUAACUCCAUCCCCUCAACCUGCAAGACGAGAAGAUGUUUUGUUCAGUCACCACCAUCACCAGGGCGGUGUCCUGCGGCACAUGGCCGGCCGUGAUAAUGGAGAAAUGCAGCUCAUGUCCUCAGAGGAGCAUGAGAUUAUUAUGGAAAACCAAAGGAAGUUUGGACUGUAUCUUGACGAGAAAAGGGAAAUCCUUAAAAGUAAGCAGGUGCUAGAGGAAGACCUGUUGAGGGCCAGAAUCCGAGUGGAGGAGCUGAGGGCUGCACGGCUGCAACAAGGAUUACCAGACCUCAAAGAUACUUAGUAUUUGUAAAUAUUUGCUCCAUUAAAAAGGCAGUUACUAA